AUGACAAGGUAUACCAGGAACUGGCCCUUCAGCCACGGGGCUCUCUGGAUAUGGCUUGUCACCCUAACUGCCAUUCUUGGCGUCAGCGGAGCGGAGAUCCAAUGCAUUCCAUCAUGCCCAGUGCUUUCAUCCUUAUCCGGCAUACGAGGACCUCGCUUGCACACUACAACAGAUUUAAGCGAAACCGGCAAGAAAAUUGAGGAUUACGGGACGGAAAUGUCCAGAUAUGAUGUGGAUUCUCAGACAGGAGAACUGCUGGACAACAUGGACAAUGAUUCUGACAUUAAUGACAGUUUUUCUCCUGAACCUCCGAGCGAACAUUAUCCUACCGGUACAUCAUUUAAUCUAGAUGUCACCAGCAGUGGGCUGGGAGAGCUGGUCCCGGGCACAGUGGAGCAACAAGAGAGCCAAGCGACGGCAUCAACGCAGGAUGAGUUUAAACUAAACAGUUCUAUUUUUGCUCUGACCGGCGAUUCGGCUCAUAAUCAAGCCAUGGUACACUGGUCCGGGCAAAACAGCAGCGUGAUUCUCAUGCUGACUAAGUACUUUGACUUCAGCCUUGGGAGUGUGACUGAGAGCUCCCUGUGGAGGUCGACAGACUACGGCACCACAUACGAGAAACUCAAUGAAAAAGUGGGAUCAAGGACAAUACUGAGUUACUUGUAUGUCAGCCCCAACAACAAGAGAAAGAUCAUGUUAUUGACAGAUCCGGAGGUGGAGAGCAGUUUGUUGAUCAGUCUGGAUGAAGGUGCAUCUUAUCAGAAGUUCCCUUUGAGUUUUGUCAUCCACAGCCUGCUGUUCCAUCCAGAGCAGGAGGACUGGAUCCUGGCUUACAGUCAUGAACAGAAGCUCUAUGUCUCUGUGGAGUUUGGGAGAAGUUGGCAGCUGGUCCAUGAUAGAGUCGUUCCCAAUAGAUUUUACUGGUCCAAGCUGGGUUUGGACAGAGAGCCUGGUCUUAUCCACCUGGAGACUAGUGUGUCAGAUACCCGGUCUCUCUACAUCACCUGCAGACUGCAGAACUGCUCUGAGGUCAACAGAGGCCAACCCUUCCCUGGCUACAUCUCACCCAACUCCCUAGUGGUCCAAGACGAGUAUGUCUUCAUCCAGGUACCCACACAGGGCAGGCCUGUACAUUAUGUGUCAUAUAAAAGACAUCAUUUUGCUCCUAUAAAAUUACCCAAGUAUACGUUAGCCAAGGAUCUGCAGGUGAUCAGUACAGAUGAUGGACAGGUGGUGGCUGCAGUGCAGGACUGGCAGCAGAAUGACUCCUACCACCUGUUCAUGUCAGACGCCCGCGGCGUUCUCUACACCCUGGCCCUGGAGAACGUGGUCUGCAGCCGUGGGUCUGAGGGCAACAUCAUGAUUGACCUCUAUGAGGUAACAGGCAUUAAAGGAGUUUUCUUAGCAAACAGGAUCCUUGACGACCAAGUGAAAACCUACAUCACUUUUAACAAGGGUAGAGACUGGCGCCUACUGCAAGCCCCUUCCAGAGACCUGAGGGGCAACCAAGUCCACUGUGUGUUACCAUCCUGCUCACUGCAUCUUCAUCUACAUGUGUCUGACAACCCGUAUACUUCUGGAAACAUUGUGAGCAAAGAGUCAGCCCCAGGGGUAAUUUUGGCUUCUGGCAACAUUGGAUCAGAGCUAAGUACUACUAAUGUCAGCAUUUUCAUUACAUCAGAUGCAGGGAACACAUGGCGAGAGAUCUUUGAUGAGGAGUACAGCGUGCUCUUUCUGAAUCAGGGUGGAGCCCUGGUAGCCAUACGGCACACUCCUCUACCCAUCAGACAUCUGUGGCUGAGUUUUGAUGAGGGCAGACAGUGGAGUAAAUACAGCUUCAGCUCCUCUCCUCUCUACGUGGACGGAGUGCUGGGGGAACCAGGAGAGGGGACUCUUGUUAUGACCAUAUUUGGACAUUUCAGUUACCGAUCAGAAUGGCAAGUGGUUAAGGUUGACUUCAGGUCCAUCUUCAGCAGAAGCUGCUCUGCAGAAGACUAUCAGCAGUGGAGGCUGCUAGAUAAUGGACAGGAGUGCAUCAUGGGAGUAAAGAGAACGUAUCGUAAGUUACGGCCAAACUCCAGAUGCAUGAAAGGCAAAGACAGCGCAACGAUCCUGCUGACAGCUGAGUCUUGUCCCUGCACUGAGGCUGACUUUGAGUGUGAUUAUGGUUAUGAGAGACAGAUUGAUGGGAGAUGUGCUCCUGCUUUCUGGUUCACUCCCAUCUCAGACUCUCCAGGCUGUACUAAAGGAAGAAGUAUGCUCAGCAGGACCGGAUUUAGAAGGGCCAUAUCUAAUAACUGCUCGGCUGGACAUGUGACGGAUUUCUCUACGCUCACUCAUAUCUGCCCCACCCAACGCCCACGUGGUUUGCAGCUCCUCACAGGGGCAGGAAGUCUGAGGGCGAGCCUGGGAACCAACGUCACCUUUCUCCUGUUUCUGGACGAGGGUGAUAGCUCCAGCACCACUCUGACCGUGGAUUUUGGAGAUGGCAUUGCGAACUCAUACAGUAAUUUCAGUUCUGUGGGUGAUGGAGUGAAACAUGUAUAUAACAGAGUGGGAAUUUAUAAAGUAUCAGCUGUUGCAACCAACAGCCUUGGAUCAGACAGAACCAGCAUCUAUCUGCAUGUGACCUGUGAGCUGAAGCAGGUCUAUCUCUCAGCUCCAUUUGUGGUGAUGAAGAAUAAAGGUGUCAAUCUGACAGCUGUGCUACAGCCCACUAAUGUGGGAACUGUCUCCUACUACUGGUGGCUGGGAAACACUACUGAGCCACGGGUGACUCUGGAAGGAGGUUUUUCUUAUACGUUCUCUCAGGAGGGGGUUCAUGCCAUCACUGUGCAGGUGUCAGCAGGCAGCGCAGUACUUCAGGACUCCAGAACCAUCAGUGUACACGAGUAUUUUAGGUCUCAUCCCCUGGUUUUCUCCUCUAACUUGGAUCCUCUUAAUCCUGAGCUCAGGGAGUGGGGAAGAGACAUCAGCAGAGUAAUCAAAACAUCGAUAGUACAAGCUACAGGAAUCAGUGAGGAGCAGCUCUUGGUGGCAGUUCUUCCUGGCUUGCCUACAGAAGGAGAGUUUUACAUUGUACCUGACAAGCGGCCAACAGACAGGACCUUACACGGGCGAGAAGCUCACGUAGACCAGUUGUUUGAGCUCAUCCUAAAUGCUCUAAAUCAAGAUCUGAUCCAGUUCACACUGAGCCCAGGAGUUCAGGUCAACGUUUACGCUGCACGACUCUCACCAGCUCCUCUGGUGGAUGGAGGCCUAGGUCGCCAUAGUGGUUCUGCUCUGCUCAUGUUGUUGGCUGUGGUUCUGCUAGGUUUAGCUGUCUUUAUCAUCUACAAAUACAAAAGGAAGAUCCCUGGACUGAAUGUUUAUGCUUCCGAGCGGGCAGAGAGAGAGCAGGAGGUCAUUAGCACAGUCAGCACUCUGUCCAUACCCAGUAACACUGUGCCAGAACUGGACCCUACACUGGUACUUCAUGAACCUCAGACAAAACCACAACCACCACACCCAACAGGAUACCAGCUGGCUUGUUCAAACAGUAGAUCAGAUGUGGAGUCCCAUUGUUGUUAA